UUUUUGUGAAAAACCACCCACAAUAAAAAAUGUUGUAAAAACUCACCCACUACCGGGAAAAAGUCGUUGACCAUAUUUGCCGGUGUUGACUACCCUCCCCACCCCCUCGAAAAUCCAUAGAAUUCACCGGAAAAGUCCGGCCGUCCCUCCCCUCUCUCCCUCCCCCUCAAAAACCCUUAAAAUUCACUCCCCCUCCACCUCGAAAACCACUCUGACCACAUUUGCCGGCGGUGGUAUGGGGUUUUUCAUUGUUUUCGAGUGAAUUUUAGGGGUUUUCGAGACAUCAUCUCUGCUUACAUUAACUUAGUUUAACUUGAAUGGCAGACAGAGGAAACUAAGGAUGCAGAUACAAAUGGACUUAAAGGAAUUAUUAGUGCCAUUGGUAUAUCAAUAAUCUUUGGUUGGGCUUACAUAAUCGGAUCACCUUUGCAGUCACUGAUAUUCCUUACCUUUUAAGUAGCGAAAAUGAUGCUGGUGGUUAUGCCAUAGCUCAAGUAUUCUACCAAGCAUUCAAAAGCAGAUAUGGAACUGGAAUUGGAGGAAUAAUUUGCCUGUGCAUAGUUGCUGUGGCCAUAUUUUUCUGUGGCAUGAGUUCAGUCACCAGCAAUUCUAGGUAUACACUCUUCUUGAUCAUGGAAAUUCUCUAUGAGAUCUCAUAAAAUCAAAUAUUUCUACUCAGAAUGGCUUAUGCAUUCUCAAGAGAUGGUGCCAUGCCUUUUUCAUCAGUAUGGCAUGAAGUGAACCGACAAGAAGUUCCAGUCAAUGCAGUGUGGAUGUCAACUUUCAUCUCCUUCUGCAUGGCAUUGACGUCUCUUGGAAGCCUGGUGGCAUUUGAAGCGAUGGUAUCACUAGCAACUAUUGGGCUGUAUAUAGCUUAUGCCUUGCCUAUCUUCUUCAGAGUCACCUUGGCUCGCAAUUCUUACAUCCCGGGACCUUUCAAUCUGGGACGAUAUGGGAUACUUGUUGGAUGGAUUGCUGUACUCUGGGUAAUCACCAUUUCUGUUUUGUUCUCCUUGCCUGCUGCAUAUCCCAUUGACACAGAGAACCUUAACCAUACACCUGUGGCUGUGGGUGGUCUGUUGAUUCUCACAGUUUCUUCAUGGAUUUUAUGAGCAAGGCAUUGGUUUACAGGUUCUAUUACAAAUAUACGUAAUUGAUUCAUGAAUUGUUUUCGCUCUUUGUAAUAUGAAUGACAACACACAUCUCAAUUUCUAGCAGGUUUAUGCCUUCCUAUGAUAGAUUGAUUUUACCUCA